GGGCGACAACAAAACAAUAGCCUGAGUUUAAUUCCAAGCUCACAACUGUAUAUAAUUAGAGAGACUACUGAGUACUCAAUCCAUAAUUACCUCCACUCAAUCUUUUCAUUACAAUUCUCUUUCUCCAAUGUCUGUCUGUAACCUCGCAAAGACAAUCUAUAACUGGUUCAAUUCAUGGAUUUUCAAUGUCAAAGAGCAACAGCACCAAAUUGAAUCAUCACUCUUCAUUUCUUUAUCAGUUCCCAUAUUAUUAGCUUGUUUACUCUUGUGGGCAUUCAAGAAUUCAAAACCUAAGGUUCGGUUGCCACCAGGGCCACUUGGCCUUCCAAUAGUUGGCUAUCUUCCUUUUAUUCGCCACAAUAUGCACCAACUCUUCAUGCAACUGGCUCAAAAAUACGGUCCAAUCUACAAGCUCUCAAUUGGACAAAAAUUAUGUGUCGUAGUGAGCUCUCAAACUCUGAUAAGAGAAAUCGUACGUCAAAAUGACAUUACAUUCGCUAACAGAAUUCCAUCUGUCGCAGCAAAAACCUUCUCAUACGGUGGAAACGACAUAGCAUUUGCACCGUAUGGUCCCGAAUGGCGGGUGCUGCGCAAGAUAUUCGUCCGUGAGAUGCAGAGCAAUGCAAAUCUUGAGUCGUUUUAUCCACUUAGGAGAAACAAAGUCAGGAAAAGUGUAAAAGAUUUGUUUGAGAAGAAAAGCGGAAAGGCUAUUAAUUUUGGAGAAUUGAUAUUUUUGACAAUAAUUAACAUGAUGUCAGGAAUGUUUUGGGGUGCCACCCUUGACGGAGAAGAGGAGAUUAGUGUUGGAGCUAAGUUUAGGUCCGCAACGGCAGAGCUGGUUCAGAUUUUAGGAAAGCCAAAUGUUUCAGAUUUAUUCCCGUUUCUUGCAAGAUUUGAUAUUCAAGGGGUGGAGAGGGAAAUGAAGGAGGCAUCGCAAAAGAUUGAGGAUAUAUAUGAUUAUGUUAUAGAUAAGUAUGUAAUGAAGAAAGAGUUGACGCAAGGAAAAGAAAAGGUGGAGGUAAAUAAAGAAAGAAAGGACUUCAUGCAUUUCUUGUUAGAGUUUAAAGAUCAAGAAACUGGAAGAUCAAUUUCCAGACAACAAAUUAAGGGCUUGCUUAUGAAUAGUGUAAUUGGUGGAACCGACACAUCUUCAAGAACAGUAGAGUGGACCAUGACAGAAUUGAUGCUUCAUCCCCAAAUGCUAAAGAAAGCUCAACAAGAAUUAACAAAAGUAGUAGGAGCCAACAACCUAGUUGAAGAAUCCCACAUUCAAGAAUUGCCAUAUUUACAUGCAAUUGUAAAAGAAGCACUAAGAUUUCAUCCGGUGGCACCAUUACUCCUGCCACGUUGCCCUAAAGACUCCUGCAACGUCGGUGGCUACACCAUCCCAAAGGGCGCUACGGUUUUCUUGAAUGCUUGGGCUCUGCACAAGGACCCUGAGUUUUGGGACAACCCUACAGAGUUUGAACCAGCGAGGUUUUUGGAUGGAAAGGGCAGUGAGUUGGAUUAUAAUGGGAAUCAUUUGCAGUAUUUACCAUUUGGGUCUGGUAGGAGGGUUUGUGCAGGACUUCCUUUAGCUGAAAGAAUGGUAAUGUAUGUGAUGGCCACAUUCUUGCAUAUGUUUAAUUGGGAAUUGCCGAAUGGUGAAAAGCCUGAUACUUCAGAGAAGUUUGGGAUUGUUCAUGAGAAAGCUACUCCUCUGAUGGUUAUUCCGACUCCUAGAUUGUCCAACUUAGCCCUCUAUGCAUAGAUAGCAACAGUGACUGUAGACAUUUAUUUUGGUUUUUCUGUAAAAAUGAAAAUAAAAGAAUAAUAGUAAUGUAAAAUAUUGGGAGAUUUAGAGUUUGAACACUUUCGACCCAAUAAUUUUCAUUAAUUUAGUAAAUGUUACUUCAAAGAGAGGUUACUUUUGUUGUAUAGUCCAUGAUUGUACCAAAGAUAAAAAGAUUUACUUA